CCCUCCCCCAAAUUAGGAAAUGGGGAGGUCUGACCCAGAGGAGUGCCAGUCGCCAGCUUCGGUGAAGCCCCCAGAUGGUGGCUGGGGCUGGAUAGUGCUGCUGGGCUGCUUUGUGAUCACUGGCUUCUCCUACGCCUUUCCGAAGGCAGUGAGCGUCUACUUCAAGGAGCUCAUGCAUGACUUCCACGUGGGCUACAGCGACACAGCUUGGAUCUCAUCCAUCAUGCUGGCCAUGCUGUAUGGCACGGGGCCUGUGAGCAGCAUCAUGGUGAACCAGUUUGGGUGCCGGCCUGUGAUGCUUGUCGGUGGUCUCCUGGCGUCAUCCGGUAUGAUCCUAGCCUCCUUCACCACCAACAUUAUUGAGCUGUACCUGACCGCUGGCAUGCUGACAG